UCGAAACAGAAAGACUAUUUGAGACAAAUCCUCUCAUACCCCUAUAUCUCAUAACACAAUCUCAAAAGGACCUUUUUCUUCUUUUAAUUUUAUAUGUCAAACGAAAAAUCAUUAAAUUAAAAUGGAAACGUUAAUAUUUUUUAUUUGAUUUAUAGAAUUUGAUAAAAAUAUUUCAAAAAUCCAAAAACGUUGUUUUCCAUAUUUUCGAAAAAAUCAUCAAAAUAUAAUUAAAAACGAUUUUAAAAUAUUUUUUUCUGAAUUUGAAAGGUAUAGAAUUUAAAUAUUUACCCAUGGGUUCACUAAUCCAUAGGGGGGUUAGGGUUUAGUUUUGAUAACCGGGAAGGAUUUAAUUUGGGAGUUUGGAUUAUAAUCAAAAAAAGAAUUAUAAAAUAGGGGUAUAGGAGACUCUAUGAGCCCAUAGGAGAUUUGACAUUUCAUAUUUGGGGGCACGCGAGAAGUUGACUCAGACUAUUUACUAAUUCAUUUGAAUAUUUUAAUACUAGUAAAUUACUUCAUUAAAUUUUAAUAUUUUGAACAAAAUUUGAACCAUUUAGAAAUAAACAUAGGUCAUCAGAAUUUCUAGCCGGUAUUCCCUCCUAUCUUUUUUACUACUGAGAUAUUCAUUAAAUUUCUACCAAUAAAGUAGUUUUUUUAGACCAUAUCAAUCUUUGAUGCUCUUGUUUUUUUAUGAUACUUAUAACUUAAUAAUACAAAUCGAUUGUUUUUAAAAAAAAUUAUCUUAGCACGAAGGAAAGCUCCAUGCUGAACCUAGUGAUGACGGUGUUCCACAUAAUAUUCUUCGGGUUUGUAAUAAUCGCCGGAUUCUGUCACGGUGACGGAGUUAAGGCGCUGGUGGAGCCUCGGGGCCUUACUCCUUACGGUGCUCGCGGAGUGGUUAACGGAGCUGCCGUCGUGUACUUCAGCUACAUCGGGUACGACACAGUUUCCACUCUUGCUGAAGAGAUCCAAAACCCCUCCUUCAGUCUCCCUGUCGGAAUCAUUGGCUCCGUCUCCGUCGUCUCCGUCCUCUAUUGCCUCAUGUCUCUCGUACUCUGCGUCAUGGUUCCGUACAAUGAGAUAUCAAAGAGCGCGUCGUACGCGGUUGCUUUUCGGAGGAUCGGGUGGGGUUGGGCAGGGAACGUGGUUGGUGCAGGUGCCAGUCUAGGGAUCGUGGCAUCGCUUUUGGUGGCGAUGUUAGGGCAAGCGAGAUAUCUCUGUGUCAUCGGAAGAGCCAGACUGGUCCCUUCAUGGCUCGCCAAGGUUCAUCCUUCUACAGGAACUCCCUUGAACGCUACACUAUUUCUCGGCAUAUGCACAGCAACAAUUGCGUUAUUCACCGAUCUCGAAAUAGUGAUGGAGCUGAUUUCACUCGGAACGCUCUGUGUUUUUUACCUAGUCGCAAACGCUCUACUCUAUCGCAAAUACACCUUAACAGGCCAAAACGCACCCGUUCACACACUCUCGUUCCUUGCCCUCCUCUCUUCUUUCUCGCUAGCGUUCUCCCUCUGGUGGAAACUAAACAAACCGUGGUGGGGCCUGACGCUAUUUAUCGCGAUCGCAAUAGCGGUCACUGCGUUUUUCCAAUACCACACGUGGUCGAUCUCGUCUACGGUUAGUAAGAAUCUUCUGAGACCAUCCUGUCCCUCCAAAUGGUCGGUACCGUUCAUGCCGUGGCCGGCGGCAGCUUCAGUGUUCCUUAACGUUUUUCUAACGACAACACUGAAAACGCUCUCGUUUCAGAGGUUUGCGAUUUGGACGUGCCUUGUAACGAUGUUCUAUGUGUUGUAUGGCGUUCAUAGGACUUAUGAGGCGGAAGAGAUGGGUAGAGUAGAUGUUGUUGAAAUUCAUGUGACUAGCACGAGGGUGCAACCGGAUAAGUUGGACAACGUUCAAAUGGCAAUUCCUUAAAGUGUAUAUUAUUAUUAGUUUUUUUUCGUGUGUUGAGUUAAGAAAAUCGAUAUAGUUGACGCGAAAUUUAUGUGGAUUUACGAAACAAUUCAAAUGAUUUCAAGUUAUUUAUGAUCUUCCCAUAAACAUCAAAAUCUUUAUUCCUCUUUAGUUAUUUAUUUGGUUACAAAUGAGGAAAACAAAAUUUUUAACUCCUUCACUAUGAUUUUGUAUGUUAAUUUCUUUCUGAACACAAGCUUCAUUUGACCUCCUCCCACCUGAAAUAUAUAAUUAUCUGGAAUGCAUAAUAUAAAAUGGUUUUAUUUUAUUUUGCUUUUCCACAAACUGAUCAAAGUCUUAACUACAUAAUUAAUGAAACCGAUAAAAGAAUCAAUAAAAAAAAGCAAAAGAAAGUAAUUAGAGACACAUGUUAGUAACCCUGCGGAGUUUAGCAGCCAUCAUCUUGUUUACUGUUUCAGUGGCAUCCUCAACUCUUUCAGCCUUAAUAUAUGCAUGAAUCAAUGAUGUGUACGUUGCAUCAUCUGGUUUCGUACCUUGCUUUUUCAACAUUUCAUCCAACACACUCUCAGCCUCGGACAACCUCCCACAUGCAAGUAGUUUAACUUUGCCAAGAUGUUGACUGCAUCGCUAACUGCCCCCACCUCGACACAGCAAUGGCUAGCCUCAGCUUCUCUAUUGGUUCUCUUCCUGUCCGGUAUCUGGGCCUUCCUCUGAUGCACAGGAAACUCAGAAUAUGCGACUACAGACCUCUUCUUGAUCAAUUAAAAUCCCGCUUCAGUUCCUGGUCCUCUAGAGCCCUCUCUUUCGCAGGACGAAGACAAUUAUUAGGAUCUGUCAUAUAUGGUACGCUCAACUUCUGGUUCUCAAGUUUCUUACUGCCAAAGGGAUGUAUUAAACAGGUUGAAUCCCUUUGCUCUCGGUUCUUGUGGAACGGAAACAUUACUGUAGAGCUGCAGCCAGAGUUUCAUGGGAAACCUGUUGUGUUCCAAAAGCUGAGGGAGGUCUUUCUCUAAGGGACCUAAAUUUAUGGAAUAAAACCCUCUGCCUAAAGCUGAUAUGGUUACUCUUCACUGAAAAUUAAUAUCUGUGGGCAGCCUGGUGUAAGACAAAUAGAUUUAAAAACAACAGUGUUUGGAGCUUGGAUGAAAAUGCUCAAUCCUCAUGGAUCUGGAAAGCUCUCCUUAAACUCCGAUGU